CUAAGGUAGUGAGUCUUUGAUUCCCUCAAGGUCCUUGGCGAUGUACUGUACUUUGAAUGGAUUAAGGAUCUAUUCCCCAUUCAGACUUGUCUGUAACGGGCCCGGACUCGGGAGCCAUUGCCCGUCCGUCCACUUUAACCCUAUCUUUGAAGUACCUAGCCGUACUCUAAUCUGUUCUUCGCUUCUAGUGUAUAUGUACAUGACAUUGUUGAUGUAUAGGUGUAGAAUGAUGUCAUCACCGAGAACAGGCAACCACAGUCAUCGUUGCUGAAUCUUUAUCAAACCCCCCCCUCCUCUUUGACUGUGUCCCAUAAAGCAUAGGUUGGAAGUGAAGAAAAGAUGCAGGAGAAAGCGAGCGGACUCCGCAGCACUAAACCCAACCGGCGACUAGAGCGAGGAAACUAAGCAGCACUGCCUCACAGGGAGACCCACUGCUUUGCUUGACAAAAUCUCU